GGCAGGGGGCGUGGCCAGGAAGUGACAUGGCCGCCUCCUUUUGCGGAAGCCCUUCGCCUUCCGCCGGGGACUUGGAGGUUACAGUCGUGGUCUCUGUCCCCGCCGAGGUUUCUCCCACGUUUGCCGGGACAGCGUCCUGCGGAGCUCAGCAUGGGCAACGUCCAUGCCCGGAGCCUGGACCCUCUGCCCAUGCGAGGGCCCGAGCUUGGUGUUCAAGCAGAUGACAUCGAGGCUCCAGAUAUUGAACCGGAGCCAAAACAAGAAUUUCUCGAAAACAAGGACGUUGUGGUUCAACAAGUGCACAUAGAUGGACUCGGAAGAACCAAGGAUGACCUGUUAACUUAUGAAAUUGCAGGAGUUUUCCGGGCAAAAAACCUAAUCGAUGUGAUGCGGAAGUCUCACGAAGCUCGACAGAAGCUUCUGCGUCUUGGUAUCUUCAGAAAAGUGGAAGUUGUUAUUGACACCUCACGAGGAGAAGAUGCUCUUCCUAAUGGCCUCGACGUGACCUUUGAGGUCACUGAGCUGAGACGAAUGACAGGCAGCUACAACACCAUGGUCGGAAACAACGAAGGAAGCAUGGUACUGGGCCUGAAGUUGCCUAAUGUAUUAGGUCGUGCAGAGAAACUGACCUUCCAGUUCUCAUAUGGCACCAAAGAGACGUCCUAUGGCCUGUCCUUCUUCAAACCCCAACCAGGACACUUUGAACGCAACAUCUCAUUCAACAUGUACAAAGUAACAGGUCAGUUUCCAUGGAGUUCACUGAGGGAGACAGAUCGAGGAAUCUCCACUGAACUGAGCUUCCCUGUGUGGAAGACCAACCAAACACUAAAGUGGGAGGGAGUGUGGAGAGAGCUGGGCUGUCUGGCUCGUACAGCCUCGUUUGCCAUCCGGGAGGAGAGUGGCCAUUCCCUCAAGUCCUCACUUUCGCAUGCUAUGGUCAUUGACAGCAGGAAUUCCUCCAUCCUUCCAAGGAAAGGUGGCCUGUUUAAGAUCCAUCAGGAACUUGCUGGUUACACUGGCGGAGACGCUAGUUUCCUGAAGGAGGACUUUGAAAUCCAACUCAACAAAACACUCUUUUGGGACUCUGUCCUUUCUGCCUCAUUGUGGGGCGGUUUGCUUCUGCCCAUUGGUGAUGCACCAACAAGCAUAGCAGACAGGUUCUAUCUAGGUGGCCCCACCAGCAUCAGGGGAUUCAGUAUGUACAGUAUGGGCCCCCAGAGUGAAGGUGUGACAGGUGACUACCUGGGAGGAGAGGCCUACUGGGCUGGAGGCCUCCACCUCUACACCCCUCUACCCUUCAGACCAGGCAGGGGGGGCUUUGGUGACCUCUUCAGAACACACUUCUUCCUCAAUGCCGGAAAUCUUUGUAACCUCAACUACGGUGAGGGGCCACAAGCACAUUUGAAGAAACUGGCAGAAUGCAUCCGUUGGUCAUACGGACUUGGCAUUGUGCUGCGUUUGGGGAACAUUGCCAGGCUGGAGCUGAAUUACUGCAUUCCCAUGGGAGUCCAGAGUGGAGACAGGAUAUGUGACGGGGUCCAGUUUGGAGCAGGAAUCAGAUUCCUGUGAAAACACAUUUAUUGGAUCUGGAGCUUCGUGGUGCGUCACUAUUAGUGUCAUGACAGAAGGGAAAUUUGCUUGUACAGAAUUGUUGUUGCAACUCAUUGGCUCAAUAAAAGUGUUUGCACUGA